AUGCCAAUAUAUGUCAAAUUUUUGAAGGACAUUUUGACGAAGAAGAGAAGAGUCAGUGAGAAGGAAGUAAUAGCGCUAACGCAGGAAUAUAACGUGUUAGUAAGCAACAGUCUACCAAAGAAGCAGAAGAACCUUGGGAGUUUCACAGUUCCUUGUUCGAUAGGAGGAUUGGAUGUGGGACAUGCAUUGUGCGAUCUAGGAGCUAGCAUUAAUCUCAUGCCACUUUCAAUUUUUAAGAAAUUGGGGAUUGGCGAAGCACAACCUACUUCUGUUACUCUUCAUCUCGCUGACAGAACAAUUAAGUACCCAGAAGGGAAGAUUGAAGACGUUCUGGUGAAGGUUGACAAUCUCAUAUUCCCAGCAGACUUUAUUAUAUUGGACUAUGAAGCAGAUAGGGAGGUACCAAUUAUCCUUGGAUGCGCCUUCUUAGCUAAUGGGAAAGUUUUAAUUGACAUGCAUAAAGGCGAAUUAACUAUCCGCGUGGAUAAUGAGGAGAUAAAGUUUAAUGUGCUCAAUGCAUUAAAGUUCCCAGAUAGUGAAGAUUGUCAACUAAACAGUAUUGAGUUGCCUGAAGAAGAGACUAAUGUAUGUGAGGUCCUCGCGUUGGAGGAGAACCUAAAAGAAUCAGAGCCACCAAGUCUGAUUGAGCGACGGGCAAAACCAACGCGUCCAUCACUUGAAGAACCACCAGAACUUGAGUUGAAACAAUUACCUGGACACUUGAAAUAUGCAUUCCUUGGAACCAACAACACUUUACCUGUGAUCAUUUCCGCAAAUCUUACAGAGCCUAAUGAGCAAUCUCUCUUGCAGAUGCUAAAAAAGCACAAGUGUGCAAUAGGCUGGACGCUUGCAAAUAUCCAUGGCAUUAGUUCAUCUUAUUGCAUGCAUAAGAUUAGGCUGGAAGAAGGGAAGUCGGGGUCAAUCGAGCCUUAA